AUGGAUAAGCUGACUCGGGGGCCUGGUGCAAAUAAAGGUGUGUGUGAGAAAAAGAUACGGUGGGCUGAGCAAGAGGUUUUGGAAGGAGAGGGGCUAGAAUCAAAUGUCAAUGUCGUGAAACUGGGCCCUGGGUGCGCUGCUCCGCGCUUUUAUAGCGUCAUCGCCAGCUGAUGGAAGAUGCAACACCUCCGCCUGGAGCUAACGGGCUGCGAAAAAAAAAACACGCCCCUUGUCCCACUCCUCGGCGUCAUGGCUUCCCAAACUUGCCGCUAUCUCUUUUGCAAACCAUGGCAAUAUGCCGAAAGGAGGCGGGGCAGCAGCAUGUAGCACAGAGCCAAAAAGGAGCAAGGCUCUCAAAUCACACGUUGCUCAGAGAAACUGCUCAGAGGCGCGCUCUGUUCCUUGGGCGGAUGCGCCGGUAGAUAACAACGGAGAAAUAUGCUGCUACGGGCUCUGAGAUUCACUGGCAGGGGAGGGCGGCAAUCCAGUGCGCCAAAAGAGA